GGAGCCUCCUAGUCUCUUGAUCAAAGCAUUCCGCUAUUCUGAUUUAUUGCCUGCUUGGUGAGUUUUUUUUUUUUUCCCCUCUAAAGGAGACCUGUGUGUUCAGCCAUUACUUUGCUCGGCGCUGCUCACAGGAAUCUCCGACCCUCGGUGCUGUGGGCAGCCCCGCACUUGGGCUCCUCGCCUCUCGCCCUCGCUCCCGUCCCUCCUCCCUCUCUCCGCCCCUUCCCCCUUUUCUUUCUCCGCUCUUUCUUCCCCUCUCUCCCUUCUUUCGGCCGCCGUCUCCCCCGCGCCCUCCUCGGGGCGGAGGGAAGCCGAGAAGGGGGAGGGAGGGAUUGGUGUCAAUUUUUUUGUGCGGCCGCGGCCGGAGCCUGUGGCGGGCAGGCGGCGAGCGCGGAGACCCCGGCGAAGCAGAGCCAUGGAUGGCCCGACGCGGGGCCAUGGACUCCGCAAAAAGCGGCGGUCGCGGUCUCAGCGAGACCGGGAGAGGCGCUCCCGGGGCGGACUGGGGGCCGGCGCGGCCGGCGGCGGCGGGGCCGGCCGGACCCGGGCGCCCUCGUUCGCCUCGUCGUCGGGCUCCGACAAGGAAGACAAUGGGAAGCCCCCGUCCUCCGCCCCGUCCCGGCCCAGACCCCCGCGGAGGAAGCGGAGAGAGUCCACCUCAGCCGAAGAGGACAUCAUUGAUGGAUUUGCCAUGACCAGCUUUGUCACUUUUGAAGCGCUGGAGAAAGAUGUAGCACUUAAGCCUCAGGAACGCGUGGAGAAACGCCAGACCCCUCUGACCAAGAAGAAACGGGAAGCACUUACCAACGGCUUGUCCUUUCACUCCAAGAAGAGCAGACUCAGCCACCCACACCACUACAGCUCAGACCGGGAAAAUGACCGCAAUCUCUGCCAGCACCUCGGGAAGAGAAAGAAAAUGCCGAAGGGAGUCAGACAGCUCAAGCCAGGGCAGAACAGCUGCAGGGACAGUGACAGUGAAAGUGCCAGUGGAGAAUCCAAGGGCUUCCACAGGAGCAGCUCUCGGGAAAGGCUCAGCGAUAGUUCAGCUCCUUCCAGCUUGGGAACAGGCUACUUCGUAAGUUUACCUCAACUUCCACAUGUGUGCCUCGUAUUAGCAUUGAUUUACUUGUAUAAUGUAUGCUCAUUAGGAUGUGAAAAAAAUCCAAGAAAUUCCCUCUCAGUCCUAAAGAGCAGACUGAUGUCCAUCCUUUUACUAAGAGUUGUUUCACUUUUAAAAUACAUAACCUGCUGGGCUCUAGGGAUCACAAGUCAGUCUGUGAUGUGGGCCCGGUUCCCAGCACCCAGAACAUUUGCUGCUUACCCGGCAGUGUACGGGGGGUACAGGGAAACGUGAUCGCCUCGUGCCACCUUCCUUACAAAAUGGUGUUUUUAGUGGGAAGUGUCGUGUGGUGGACAGAAUUCAAUUUAUGCAUUGAGGUAUAUAUUCUUUUUAAGAUCUCUUGAAGAGCUUCCCCACACAUAUACAAUGAAUUGCCAUUUUGUAAUUUUGAUGAGAGGUGGUGUUUUCAUGGAUGUUUUCCCUCACAGUCUGAGUAGGUGGCCUUUAGAUUUUUUUUCUUCAAUCAUUAAACUCCUCAUUUUAUCAAAUAUAGAUGUAUUAUUUCAUUUCAAGACCUUAUUUCUGUCCUUUGAGAAGGGUGUGGAUGGUGACAUACCUCAGGGCUUAUCACAAUAUUUCUUAUUUAUAAAGAAAUUGUCACUUCAUUUCUUUUAUCUAUAGCUAAAUUACCCUUCUUGGAUUCAAUAAUACUUUUCAAGGUAUAAAUAAAAAAGAAUUACAAAUAGACAUUAUUUACCCAACAGGAUAACA